GUGAAAUUUACAUUAUCCUGUAAUAGAAAUUUACUUAUCAAGCAAAAUUUAUUCAUUUAUUACAUUAACAAUUUAAAUAAUGCAAGAAACUUGCUUCGAAAAGAGUAUGCACCGAAAUGUCAAGAAUUCUCGAUGGUAGUCGGCAAUGGGCAAAUGAUUCUAGCGUCAUGCCCAACAUUUUUUUAUAACAAUAAUUGAGGUGAAUUGAUUAAACGUCAAAGAAUUAAAUUUGUAAAAGCGCAUUUUAGUUUAUUUGAAUUGUUUCGAGUCUAGACACAAUAAUUCAAAACCUUAUAUGUACCAUUACAUAAUAAAAUAAUCUUCAUAAAUAGGAGGACUAUCUAAAAAUUAGUUCUAACAUUUAGGUCUCUGGUCACAACUGUUUCAAAAAUGCCUGUUGAUAUAAAAGAACUUACAGAGGGAUGGUUGGAAUUAGAAAGUGAUCCCGGUUUAUUUACACUGCUUUUAGAAGAUUUCGGUGUGAAAGGCGUCCAAGUUGAAGAAAUUUAUGAUUUAAAUAAACCAUUAGAUGGUCCUGUUUAUGGUUUUAUAUUUUUGUUUCGAUGGGUAGAAGAACGUAGAUCGAGAAGAAAAGUAGUUGAACAAACUGAAACUUUUGUAAAAGAUGAAGAUGUUGUAAACAACAUAUUUUUUGCUCAGCAAAUGGUGCCCAAUUCAUGUGCUACCCAUGCUCUUAUAUCAAUUCUUUUAAACUGUCCAAAUAUUCAUCUGGGAGAUACUUUGCAGCAUCUCAAAACAUACACCCAAGGGAUGUCACCAGAAAAUAAAGGAUGGGCAAUUGGAAAUACUCCCGAGUUAGCUUGUGCUCACAAUUCACAUGCAAUACCGCAGGCUAAAAGAAGAUUUGAGAAAAGCAGUGGAGUUUCUACAGGAAGAUUCACAGGGGAAGCUUUUCAUUUUGUUAGUUUUGUCCCUAGUGGAGGCAGGCUUUAUGAGUUGGAUGGCUUGAAGCCAUACCCAAUAGAUCAUGGACCGUGUACCAGUCAAAAUUGGGCAGACAAAUUCAGACAUGUAAUCCAAGAAAGAUUAGGAAUCACAGCUGAUGAAUAUAAUGAAAUUAGGUUUAAUUUAAUGGCAGUUGUUCCCGAUAGAAGAUUAGCCAUACAGCACAAAUUAAAAAUGCUUCGAACCAAUAAACAAAUUGUUCUGGAUGCUUUGCAACACCUCCUAAGUAUUAAAGACAAGGGAGGUGGUAAAACUGACAACUUAGUUAAAUCUCAUAAUGAUGAAGAGGCAGUUUUGCCAAUUGAGGAAAGUAAGGAUGAAAUUAGUACACAGGAAACUGAAAUAAAAGCUAUUCCUGAAAUAAACGAGGGCAAAUCUCUGGGUCCACUUGACUAUUCUACACCGUUGACAAUUCAGACAUCUCCAGCUCCAAGUACAAGCACUGAUACAAAUACUCCUUCAGAGACUGGAUCCAUUUCAGUUUUAAAUUCUCCAACAUACAGCUGUAAUUGGUCAGGAAAUGUACAAGUUGUAGAGGAAAAACCUAGCGAGAAAUUGGAUAGUUCACCUUCUACAACAGAGGAAGAAAAAAAAUCAUUAAAUCAGGGCAAAACCAAACCUAGUGAAGGCGAUUCUUCUGGUGUUGAAAAAAGGAGCCAGGAUAUUCUUGAACCUCAUACAUUCGCACCAAAGGACUUACUUGCCCUAUUACGAAAUUUGGAAAAUGAGAUUUGCUUAUGUGAAAUGAAUUUGAGUGAUGAAAAUGACAAGCAAAACAAAUACAAGAUCGAUGACUCUCGUAGGACUCACAACUAUGAUGAGUUUAUAUGUACAUUCCUGUCGAUGCUUGCUGAACAAGGGAAACUGGCCGACUUAGUAGAGAAAAACUUAGUUAUGCCGAAGAGGCCCAGUUCUGGAGCUCCGGCACCUAAAAACGCUAAAACUGCCAAAAAAGAAGGUCUCAGUCCUUCGAAGAAGAAGAAAAAGGGCAGGUCGAAAGUUAGGAGAAAAAGAUGAAGCUUUUAUAUUUUUCAACUGCUGUAUAUAUUAGAUAUGGAUUUAAUAAAUUAAUGUAAAAGUUAUUGUAAAAAGCAUCGUGUGGGUAGUCUUGACUGCAUUUAAAUGUGAAAAAAAAAGUGAACAAGCUUAGUUACUAGAAAAUCUGUAAGUGAAAGAAGCCAGGUGAUGUUAAGAGCGCUUAAGCAGGAAAAUUGAAAACUAUUAUCAAACAAGCCAAUAAACAAUUUCUUCAAAAAAACUAUUUCAAUGUAUGCUAAAUUAACCUUAAAUAUACGAUAAUUGCUCCGAAAUUAGUGUCAGAGAAUACAAUAAUUAAUAUAUACCGGGUGUACCAGCAAGGGCAACGGAAUGUCUUGGAAAUUAAAAAAUAUAUAUAUUAGGCAAAUCGGCGAAGAGAAAGUGCUGGAAAUUAUUUUCAAGUUUUUAAAAUAUCCACCACAGGGUAUAGAUGCCAUCUCAAAUGUUGAAACUCUACUUCUACAAAAAUUUUUGAACGUUAAAGCCGAAAUAAUUCAAAUCUUUUAGGUUUAACGCCGUGGGCAAAGAAGAUGGUGUCGAAUUCGAACAGUUUCUUAAGUAAAUGUCCAUAUUUCCAAAAACGUGUAACGCAUUUUAAUAAACUUGGUGCUAUCGACAGAUUUUUCUAGACCGUCAUUCUUACAAUGUGUAAUCCAAUUGCAAUUUCUGACCUUGCCACCAGGUGGCAUUGUCUGACAAUCGCAAAAAAAUUAUUUUUUCGGAAAAAGGAUAAUUACAACGAUGUUGCUUUUUUAUAUCAUGCGACACUCAAAUAAGGGCUCAAUAAUCAGAAAAAUCGCAUCUCAAUAUCUUUAUCCUAACCUAAAAUGUGAAUAAGAGAAUUGAACUGAGUUGCUAUGAAUAUCUAAUUAUUUAUACCAAAUAAAAUGCUAAUUUAUUAAUUAGGGUGCCAAAUGAUUUUUAAAAUCAAAAUAAAAAGCUAUUAUUUUUUGUACAGGUAUAGACAUAUAGCUAUUAGAUAAUAUACGGUAAAAAUUGAUUGCGCUGCAGGCGGCAUUGAUAUUUUCAUAGCGAAGGAAGUUUGCCAUUUUCUUUCUAAACAGCGAUUUCCACACACUUACUCUUGCUCCCAGAAUAUUUAACGAAAUGUAGGCAUAUUUUGAGAAAGUACUG